AGUGACAUGUGAAGGCAAUUAGUACUGAGCGCUAAAUAGCGCGCGCGCACCGCGGCGGGGACUAGCAUGGAGCCGCCUGCGCCCGCGCACACGCUACUGCUGCUGGCUUGUGUAGGCGCCGCGCUCCUCGAGGCCGCGCGCGCGCAGGAGCACUGUGACACCAAGCAGUUCGGAGAGACAUCGGAGAAUGAGUACAAGCUGGGCGAGCAGCGCAUGGCGGCCGGCGAGCUCUUCCGGGAGGUCACCGACACUGGCGCUUGUAGCGAUGCCGAAACAGUCGGCAUGACAGUGUCGGCUUGUGACUCGGACCAGGCGCCGAGGGUGUACCUGAGGGAGGCGCGCGGCGUGGUGGUGCGCGAGGGGCACUUGGGUAGUGCGGCCUCCGUGCACACGACGGUCUUCUGUGCCGCAGGCCCUAAAGUAGCAGCAGGCGAGUCUCUGCAGCCAGGACAGCCAUUGUCAACUGAAGAGGAAGGAGGCAGUUUUGAAACAACGACUACGCCGAUGCAGCCUGCAUCGACCCCGCCGCCUGCAUCGACCCCGUCGCCUGCAUCGACCCCGCCGCCUGCAUCGACCCCGUCGCCUGCAUCGACCCCGCCGCCUGCAUCGACCCCGUCGCCUGCAUCGACCCCGCCGCCUGCAUCGACCCCGUCGCCUGCAUCGACCCCGCCGCCUGCGUCGACCCCGCCGCCUGCAUCGACCCCGUCGCCUGCAUCGACCCCGCCGCCUGCGUCGACCCCGCCGCCUGCAUCGACCCCGUCGCCUGCAUCGACCCCGCCGCCUGCAUCGACCCCGUCGCCUGCAUCGACCCCGCCGCCUGCGUCGACCCCGUCGCCUGCUUCGACCGCACCGCCAUCUGAAAGAGAAUACAAGUCAAUGAUUUCAACAUCUACAGAACCAUUAUCAGUUCAGCAUGUUGAGUCUCGAUUUUCUUUAAAUGAUCAAUUAAAAUUACCACGUCUUCCAUUGAGCCAGUCACCAGGGCUCCAGGAUGUACGGAAGCCCCACGGACCACCAUCACUGGGGCAGGCCAACACUGCUCCGUUUUCAAUUUUAGAACCACCUUUGAAACAUAGGAUAAAACACCCUUCAUUUAUUAAUGGUUCGCCAGCUUGGCUUAAAAAAAAAACGUUUUCUCCUCCCGAAACAAUUCCACGCUUACCUAGAUUGCCACUAGGUCAAUGGAAUGUCCAUCAAACACCAGCGUGGCUGCAACAACCAAUGAGACCUGUACCUUCACCAUGGUUAAAUCGACGAUCAAAUUUUCAUUGGGACACACGACAAUUUAUGCCAAGACAUCGUAACAAGCACCCAAGAGGUUAUGUUUCGCAGGAUGGUCACCCUGGAUCAACUUAUGGUGACGUUGUCUCUUUAUAUUGUUCUGACCUUCGCCCGAGUACCAAAUUCCCUAAAACUGCACCUUUUAUACAUUAUCGUAGCAUGAGGCGGCCGAAGUGGACUCAGUCAAAUAUUUGGAGCAAAGAUUCUGCUACAGUGAUAUAUGAACAUCCCUCGCUUAUGCCAAUCAAACACGUAUCCUAUAACCAACUGGAAAAUAUACCAUCGACACAUGAACCACAUCCAGCUCUGUUAAAACAAUGGCAAUAUACUCAUACGAUACAACCACAGAUACGCCGUACACCAUUGUUAUUGCAAGACAAAAAUAAUCUAUGCGGUACAUGUUCCUGUUGUGGAUCUACUCACUUCGUUGUAGAUGGCGACACGUGGUUGUCAGAGCUAUGCCCACAAUGUCAUGCAGGUGACGGUGUCCGAUGGCUGCCAGAUUCCAUUGUGAAUGUUGAUUCACGGGGAUCAUAUCUAUGGCCAAGUCUGUACAUCGCGCGAUGGAAGUUGCCAAACCUACCUCAACUGUUACGAUUUCCAUCGGUUUAUAGAAUAGAAUUUUCUGAUUUGUCUUCAUCUAAAUUGUUGAAUCGUUUUCCGUUACCAGCGUCACAACCAUCCCUUGUAGUGGAGCGGCUGUCAUGGUGCCUGAAAUGUCUUCCCGUGAAAACUAGUGAAGCGCAGUAUCACCUGUGCUCCCGGCACAGGGUGUAGACACUGCUUGACGACCUCUGUCAUCCACGGCCCGUAGUAACGCCCGCGACUCAUCAUGUAUGGUCUAGGAACUUCUUGUCACCACCGUUGCUAUCACACCCAACUUACCGCGACUUGACACAUGUUAUCCGGCCUCGAAAGGGCUUAAUGUGAGUACAAGGGUUUAAUUUUAAUAUAUAAGGUCAGUGUAAGCGUCAUCAGUUUGUUGGGCCAAUAAAAUGUUUUCAAAACAAUUUCAUUAUUUUUACCAGAAUCCUAACAAGAAGAAGGUUUUCAAUUUUGCUGUAUUUUUGUUACGCGAUCAUUAUC